GAAAAAGAAAGAAAAACGAAAAAAAAAAAAGAAGAGAAAAGAAAAGGUGGUUUGGAAGGAAGGAAGAUCUCGUUUCACUCGGACUCGAGGUUUCCGCGUGUGUAAACAAUCGUGUGGAAACAACGAUCGGGCGAAGGCGAGGAGGAGCAGAGCGCGUAUUCGAGAGGUGUUCGCCACGCGACAGCAUAGACCAGUUGGCCGCCGCGUCAGUCGAGGAUCGGACGACGAUCGUCGACGAUCGCCGCGCCAAGUUUUUCCACGCAGAGUUUUUUUUUUUUUUUUUACCGUCGCGAGUGCCAGUGCCAGUUUGGGUAUCAAACUCCUCGAAACUCCACGAGGAUCAGUGACGUCGUACGAGAGAGCACUACGAGACUACUGGCUCUGGUGGAACCGACCCCAGCCAAGGGGGGACACCCGGUGAACGUGUCAAAACGUCCGCCGCCGCGACUCCUCCAUUGACAUUUCCGUGACAUUUAGUGCGCGACCGCGCGCCAGCCUUGCGAUUCGAGGCGACGAGCCUCGUCUUUUUCGUCGUAACACGCGUCAUCGGAAACGGAGAGAGAGAGAGAGAGAGAGAGAGAAAGAGAGAGAAAGAGAGAUCCUUGGACACGGUCUGGAGCCCACACAGUGUUCGGAAAAAUCGCCAGGUUAAACGUCACGUCACGUUACGUUUCUUCUUCUUCUUUUUUUUUUUUUUUUUUCUUCUCCAACGUAACAAUCUCACUCACACUCCUCGAUGACGAAUCCUCUUCCGUGCUUUAUCGACACGCGCGUCUUAUCCGUGCUUAUUAUUAUUAUCCGCCGUUUGGAACCGGCCGCUGGACGCUCGACUCGUCGAUAAAAGAGAGAAGGAAAAAGAAAAAAUAAAUAAACGGUCCAUCUUUUUUCGUGCUCUCACCACCACCUGGUCGAGAGAGUGAUCGCUUGUUCGCGAGCCGUGCGUGAUCAAGAUCUGACGUUCAACAGGUGGUUCGGUAUACUGCAUCGCGGUUUUGGUGGACGAGUUGGGGAUAGAUUGGGGUUGGUUUCGAGCUGUAUACACGGAAGGUAUACGGAAGAAGAAAGUUUGUGAAGAAGGUUUCGUUCGACCGGAGGGAGUCGAGGGGGUUGAUUGUUCGCCGGAAGGGAAGUUGGCCGGGUUCCGAAUCAAACUGGACAUACUCACCGCCACGUCGGGACGUACGGAGUGGAGAUGUCCGCGGGUCGCUGAGAGAAUGAGGGAGCUGGACACCGAGAGCCCUGUUGUCUGGCCGGCCUGGUGUUACACUGGUGAGGUAUCAGGUGAGAACGUGUCCGCGGGUUCUGGACCACGUAGUGGCGAUCGUGGAGAGGGGACUGAUUUAGGUACACACACGGAAAAUAACGACGGGGCCACCCUGGCCGCGAACACAGCGGUCGACGCGAGGGGCGGAAGCCCCCAGGGUGCCCACCUUUCCGGUGCGGCCACCCCCAGACCGCUAAGGGGUAGGAGACGACAAAACCAGAAUGGUCUCGACACCACUCAAGUUAAAACAGAACGGCUCACGCCAGACAAUAAUUCAACGUCGUCGAGGAGCGUGACGCCCUCAUCGUCCAGCCAUCCAGGAACGCCACCAAAUGCUACCCCUUUGGGUGGACCCGAGGGCCCACCACCACCCCAUCACCUCAAACACAUGGAGCAGAUGAUGGGUCGGAAUUAUAGCGAUUUCAUGAGAAGCCUCGCUGCCAAGUACAAUAACGCCAAUCCUAAUGACUACUUCAGUUCGCCCAGAAACGGCUAUCCUCCAGGUCUAGAUCCAAGGUUUCCGGCGUUCAAAACUGCCGCCACACCCUUCGUCGGUUUGAUGGCGCCGUUGGGUGCGCCACAACCGUCAACCGUGUCCACCACCUCCCCUCUAUCCAAUAAAGAUCCGAAAGAGCAGAAGCAGGAGAGUCUGUUCGGUAAUCCCGUGUUCCCACCGAUGCUGGACAUGUCGUCGACGCAAGCACUUUUGCACAUGGUGAGGACCGCGAAUGCUGCACAAAAUGCUGCAGAACUGGAAACGUAUCUCAAAGGUGCGAACAAAAGAGACACGGGAGUGACGAGUCCUCUGGAUCUGUCGAGUCCAGGUGGAUUCGCACCGCGGAAAAGGCAGAGGGCGGAAACGAGGAGAUCGGGAAGCGUGUCUCCGAAACCGAAGCCAACCCCUCGACCCACCACACCACCUCCAGUCAGAUGUCCAUCCCUGUGUGGCCACAUGCCGUGUGGCGAUGGGCAAGCUGUCAAUCGAUGGACCAUCGAGGACGUCGUCAAUUACGUGUCGUCGAUCGAUAUUUGCGCAGAGUAUGCACAGAAUUUCCGCGAGCACCGGAUCGAUGGAGCAGCGUUGCCCCUUCUCUCGGAGGACCACCUGACCGGCCCAAUGGGAAUGAAGCUGGGCCCAGCCCUGAAGCUUCGCGCCCUCCUCGCCCGGAAACUGGGCGCGUGCACGGUCUUACCUGGAGAUAAAUGA